AUGGAGGAGGACCGGGCGCAAACCGACCUGGGCAUCGCCGCAGACAUUGAGGCGUCUCAUCGCGAAGAAGCAGCCGCCGCCGCCGAGCCGGCGCUGAAGCAACCGAAGAAGCGCUUCGUAGGACGAAGGACGGCCGCCGAGGCCGCGGUGAAGAAUGGUGGCGCCAACGGGUCCAUCGAGGACAGCAAGUCCAUCCAAGUCGCCAAACCAAGACGAGGUCCACGUCUUCUGAACCAGGUGCCCCCCGAAAUCCUCAACGACCCCGCGCUCAAAUCCGCCAUCUCCAUCCUCCCCUCCAACUACAGCUUCGAGAUCCCCAAGACGAUCCACCGCAUCCGGACGUCGGGCGCCAAGAAGGUCGCGCUCCAGAUGCCCGAGGGCCUCCUCCUCUUCGCGACCACCAUUUCCGACAUCCUCACCGAGUUCUGCCCGGGCAUCGAGACGCUCAUCAUGGGCGACGUCACGUACGGCGCCUGCUGCAUCGACGACUACACGGCGCGCGCCCUCGGCUGCGACCUGCUCGUGCACUACGCCCACAGCUGCCUCAUCCCCGUCGACGUGACCAAGAUCAAGACGCUCUACGUCUUCGUCGACAUCAGCAUCGACACCUCGCACCUGCUCGCCUCCCUCGAGCGCAACUUCGCCUCCGGCAAGACCAUCGCCGUCGUCGGCACCAUCCAGUUCAACGCCACCAUCCACGGCGUCCGCGGCACCCUCGAGAAGGCCGGCUUCCGCGUCCUCGUCCCGCAGAUCGCGCCCCUCAGCAAGGGCGAGAUCCUCGGCUGCACCUCCCCGCGCCUCGACUCCGACGACCCGGACAACAAGGUCGACCUCAUCCUCUACCUCGGCGACGGCCGCUUCCACCUCGAGAGCAUCAUGAUCCACAACCCGCAGAUCCCCGCGUACCGCUACGACCCGUACUCGCGCAAGUUGACGCGCGAGACGUACGGCCACGACGAGAUGCAGGACCUGCGCCGCACCGCGAUCCGCACCGCCAAGACGGCCCGGAAGUGGGGCCUGAUCCUCGGGUCGCUCGGCCGCCAGGGCAACCCGAACACGAUGGCGCUGAUCGAGAAGAGGCUCAAGGAGCGCGGGAUCCCGUGGGUGAAUUUGCUGCUCAGCGAGAUCUUCCCCGGCAAGCUGGCCAUGAUGGCGGACGUCGAGUGCUGGGUGCAGGUGGCGUGUCCGCGGCUGAGUAUCGACUGGGGUUAUGCGUUUCCGAGGCCGUUACUGACGCCGUACGAGGCGCUGGUUGCGCUCGAGGUGCGGGAUGACUGGGGCAAGGGCGUCUAUCCCAUGGACUACUACGGCAAGGAGGGUCUGGGACGGGUGAAGCCUGCGCCAUUGGAAGUCAAAAGCUGA